CACGGCGGGCAGGUCGCCAUGGGCAGUAAGAUGGCGGCUGCCGCUAGGGUCGUUCAGGUGGUCAAGCCACAUACUCCAUUAAUUAAGUUCCCAGACAGGAAAAGUAGUCCUAAACCCAAAAUGCAGGAAUCUCUACAAGCAAGUGUGCCAUCUCUCCAUGCUUCUAAAGCACAGGAGUCCAUUGGAGGCAUAUCACCAGCCUUUCAGAAUAUUUCACCUGUUAGUAGAGUACAAGGUGUACCAGACACUUCUGAAUUAGCAAGAAUCUUACCUCAGAAGUACAAAAGGAAACUUAUGUCUGAUGAAGAGAUUGAAUAUAUUCAACGUGGAGGUCCAGAAUAAGUAUGGAAGAUAUCUCACUGGUCCCUGUUGAAGAACGAAGUAUUGUAUUCACAAUAAAUGCAUUUCCUUGAUGUUAGAAAUUUUUGUAGUCUAAUAGCUUUAAUAAAAACCCAUAUGA